AUGGGCAUGGGCGUGGGCAUGGAGAUGGAAAGAAUUCUCGUUCGGCAGGUUCGAACGUACGGCCUCAGCAGGCGACCAGGCUCAUGGCGGCGGUCUGUCCAGCCCGUGUUCGCGUCGUGGCAACGGCAUCAGCAUCAGCAUCAGCAUCAACCCCGACGGCACUUCCACUUCUCUCGUCGCGCGGAUCUGGAGAAGCCAUAUCUUCUCGCAGACAUUGGUGAAGGAAUCACCGAAUGUCAAAUCAUCUCGUGGUCGGUGAAGCCGGGAGACAAGGUGGAGGAAUUCGAUCCGAUUUGCGAGGUCCAGUCCGACAAAGCCACGGUUGAGAUAACGUCGCGCUUUGACGGGACCAUCACCGCUCUGCAUUAUGAAGAAGGGGACGUCGCCGUGGUCGGCAAGCCGCUGUUGAACAUGGACAUUCCAGAUGACGUGGUGGCUUCUGCGGCUGGCGUCGCGGACAAGCUGCUGGCGGGCUCGGGUCCUGAUCCAGAGGCAGAUGUAGGAGAGCCACAGGCGGUCCCUGUCGGCCACGGAGACCUCAGUGCACCGCUGCCAGCUCCCACUCCCUCCCCCUCGUCCAAACCCGAGUCCGAGGCCCCGGUGGUGAAUCAGAACGUGGCCUUGACUCCGGCAGUCCGCCAUAUGCUCAAGGAGGCCCAGAUCGACCCUCGCACCGUCCGAGGCACAGGCAAAGACGGCCGCAUCACGAAAGAUGAUGUGCAGCGGCACCUGUCUGCCUCUGCCUCGACCUCAGCCUCGUCGCACUCGGAAGUGGCCACUCCUACUCAGACACCGACACCGACACCGACGCCAUCCGCCGUGUCUGCCCCUGGGGACCAAAGCGUGCGCCUGACGGCGACGGAAAACGCCAUGUUCAAAGUCAUGACCCAAGCGCUGAGCAUCCCGCACUUCCUCUUCACACACAAGGUCGACAUCACGUCGCUGAACAGCUACCGCAAGAAAGCCAACUCGAGGGCGAUCCUGAGCCAGAUCCAGCCAGCCACAGCCGCGACCCCCAAACUGACCGUGUUGCCGUUUAUCCUCAAGGCGCUCUCGCACGCGCUCAAGGCCUACCCCAAGCUCAAUUCGCAUCUGCACGCCGGCAGCGGCAGCGGCACCGACGUCCAACUCGUGCUCAAAGGCGCCCAUAACUUCGGCAUCGCCGUGGACACGCCGGCGGGCCUCCUGGUGCCGGUGGUGACCAACGUGCAAGACCAUUCGAUUGUUUCGCUGGCGGCGGAAAUCGCCCGGUUGUCGGAGCUGGCGCGGGCCGGUCGCCUGGCCCCCGACCAGUUCCGCAACGCCACCUUUUCCGUGAGCAACAUUGGAGCCAUCGGCGGCGACGCCGUCGCUCCCAUCAUCGUGCCGCCCAGUGUCGGCAUCCUGGGCGUCGGGGCCCUGCAGGAAGUGCCGGUGUUCGGGAAGGACGAGCAGGGCAACGAGGCCCUUCUCAAGCGGGAGCAGAUCACGCUGAGUUGGUCGGCCGAUCAUAGGAUCGUCGACGGCGCCACGGUGGCCAAGGCGGCCAAGCUGAUGGGGAGCUUGUUGGAAGAUGUGCAGAGUCUGAGUCUGGUGGCACGAUAG